AUGAUUUUAAAAAAUGUGACUAAUUGUACAAUCGUCAAAUUUUCACGUCAUCAUUUAAACAUUUUCUACGAGAAGAGAUGGUUAUGUGUAUACAUGGAGCAGUGUAAUGACCGAGUGGAAGCAGUUCAAAUGGAAUCGAUACGACGAGAAUCUUGUGUGGGCGUGCGUUGUUGUCUCUUCGGCCGGCUAUUAGCCAUAAGAUGUGAGAGUUAA